AUGGCCAGGGUUGCGGGGACGGUCCUGGAGACAGCAUGCUUCACCUUGGCUCUGCGAAACCCUGACGCAUUGGAUACCAUGAAGAAUGCUGCAGACAGCAUUCUUGAGGCUGACACUGUCUGGAGGAUCGACUGGAAGCCUGAUUUUUCAUCCCAUGUUCUGUUGGCGGCGUGUCGUAUUCAUGAGACAGCGACUGAGCUUCGUGGACAGGAUGGGACGUACUAUGGUCUUUUUACCGAUGCGUCGCUCCGUACUCUGAUGUCCGAUCAGUUGGAAGAUGAAUCGACAUUUUUAGAUCUCCGGGACGCCUUGCCCCGAUAUCCCGGUCAACAGCCCGUCAUGGUUGGAGAUGACAAAAACAGCCAUGUUUGGUUUGGAACCCUCAUUGCAGAUUCCUCAGGCCUCGACCUUCGUCGUCUGGCCGAUGUCAAGCUUCACUGUGUGUCGUCCGCGUUGGAAAUGAGGGAUUAUUUGGUCGACGUUCUCCGAGUCUGCGUUCCCAGAGACGGUAUCCAACUGCUUCUCGGUCUCUCCAAGGAAUCUUUUGUCGAAUACUCCGACGACUUACCUGGUGCCUACCCUGUUCCUUCAUUUACAGCCAGAUAUGUCUCGAAAAAGGGCAUCACAUCACCGUCAUCCUGGACUGUUGUCACUAUAUCAGCCAUACUCUAUACUCUCGGGGGCGAGCAGUGCGCGCCAUUCCCUCACUCCCUCAAGUUUUAUGUAUCAGCAUGCUUUGCUCUGCAGACACAGAUUUACGGCGUCUCUCUAUCCUCCACGAAGACCAAUCUAUCUGGGUUCAGGAAUGGCGCCCGGAUAUGGGAUCCGUGUAAUCUUAGCAGCAUGCAAGACGUAUGGUUUAGUUAUGGGGCAGGGGACAGGAGGUCUUAUGGCCCUAUCACGACUACGCUUCUUGACAUGCUCAACUCGGGUCGGUUGAAGAAAAGAGCCACACACCUUUAUCUUAUCCUAGACCCCGCUCGUAGCUGGGCGGCACAAGGACGCAUAUAG